AUGCAAUUCAGCACGACCAUUCUCGCAGCGGCUGCAGCCAGCCUCACCAGUCCCCUCACACCUCCCUCGCCGAGCCCUGUUCCUUCCUCUACCGUUUUAACUAAUGCGGCAGUCGAGGCAGUCGAGAGCUUCAACGUCUCUGCCAACGGCACCUUCUCCAUCAAUAACGCCCAUGACAAUCGUCUCCUCGCCAGCUACCACAACUUCUCCAAGACCUGCACCAACAUCCACGGCGACUUGAUUGACACCAUAGUCUGGGCCUGUUGCAGCAAUAUGAACGGCGGAUGGUCCCAGAACCGCUUCCGCCUCGGCCAGUGUCUCGAGAACCGCCGCGGCAAGCUCGUUGCCCGUCGCGACGGCCGCUUCUGGCGCACCUGCCAGGACUGCGGCUUCAAGGACCCGGACAGGGUCACGAUGUACAGCUGCCGCUGCUGGCCGAGGCCGACUGCUGGGGUCGAGCCUAAGUUGGUGGACACUGAACUUGACUUGGAUACCUUCAUGGGCAAUGAGCGGGGUGAGCUGGUAUGCUUUGGAGUCAAGGAGAGACACCGCCAUGAGGAGUGCCAGCCCUGA